GACCUGGACGCCCACCACUUUAUAUGAUAUAUAAAGGUGACCGCGAGAUGUCGCAGCUUCAGUCGACCGAGAUGAGUUACAGAGCGCUGCUCGCUGUAGCGCUGUGCGGAGCGGCGUGGGCCGCCAGCGUCCCACACGCCUCCAAAAUGCAGUCCUACGAUACGAUAGUCAUCGGGCUGGGGUCAGCCGGCGCCACUGCGGCGUCGACCCUGGCGCGCGCCGGCCGCAGGGUGCUGGCGCUGGAGGCGCAGGACCGAGUGGGGGGCAGGGUGCACACUGUGCUGUUUGGAGACGGCGUCGUGGAACUUGGCGCUGAGUGGAUCCACGGCACGAAGCCCAGCAGGGUGUAUGACGCGGCCGUCCAGAACAAUGUCACAGUACUGUCCCAACAGCUGGACAUGAUGCUGUUCAGGUCAGAUGGGGAGCAGCCCAACAGUGCUUUGAUAAAUGAACUACUUGUUUUUACAUUACAGGUAGUGGAUGAACCACCCUCCACAGCGCAACCUCUUGGCCAAUAUAUAACUCAAAGGGUGUAUGACUAUGUAAAAGAGAAGCAUCCAUCGGUCCUUUCAGACCAAGACUUCAUAGACGAGUUCCUGCACUUUGUAGACCUGUACAUAGACAAUUACGAAGCGAGCACCAGCUGGAACGACGUCACCACCAGCAGCAAAUACCAGGAACUGGAAGGCGACCAGCACAUGAGCUGGCACAGGCAUGGAUAUAAGACAUUCUUUGAUAUUUUAUUGAACAAGUACAACAACGGGCCAGGGCUGCCGACACUGGACAUAAAGUUGAGCACGGAGGUGACGAGGGUGGCGUGGUCGCGGGCGGCGGACGGCAACGUGACGGUGACCACCGCCGACGGCGCCACCUACACGGCCGACAACGUCAUAGUCACCGUGUCGCUCGGAGUACUGAAGGAGAGAUAUGCCACAUUAUUUUCACCACAACUGCCAAUAGACAAAAUUAUCGCCAUAAACAAAAUAUCUAUGGGUGUCAUGGACAAAAUCAUUCUAUCAUUCGACAAACCGUGGUGGCCUAUGGACACAUCAUUCUUCGCGUUCAUAUGGAGGGGGGACGAGAGGCGGAAAGUGAGCAAGGACGAUUACUGGACCACUAGAAUAUUCGGGGCCAGCCGUCCCAUGGGCACCGGGUACGCUUUGACAUUGUGGACGAGUGGAGAAACCGGCAUACUGGUAGAGACAUUGCCUGAAGAUUUAGUAAAAAGGAAAUGUAUGGAGCUCCUGCGAAGGUUUAUGGGACGUAACGUGACCAUACCAGAACCCACGGCUAUCUUGAGAUCAACCUGGCACUCGAACCCGUACACUCGAGGUAGCUACACGUACGACAAUCUCAUAUCCCCGCAGUACCCCACAGCGAGGGAAGACCUGGCUGCACCCCUCACGGACUCCUCCGGUAGACCGAGGGUCCUCUUCGCUGGAGAGGCGACGAAUCCAACCCACUUCUCGACGGUCCACGGCGCUAGCGAGACCGGCUAUAGGGAAGCUAUGAGGCUAUUACCAAAAAGUAAAGUGUGAUUUUGCCUUACGCAUAGAUAUAUUUAAAUAUUUUUAUACCAAAAAAUAUAGUUAUAAGAUAUUAAGAAAAAAUGGUACUAUUUUACACUAGCGAAUUGACGUAUUUUAUUAAAAUAAUUAUAAAUACCUAAAAUAACAGAAAAAAAAACGAAAAAUUAAUUGAAAUCAUGUGCAUGUGACAACUUUGUAAAUGACUAGCUCUUACAUGCGACUUUGUCCGCGUGACCGAAGUAUGUUGGCUUACCAAGACGAAUGGCUAUUGCCUAUCUUUCCUCAUACCAUAAGUAUAAUAUGCAUAUACCACAUUUCAAAGCGAUUCAUUAAAACGUUAUAAGUUAACAAACAAACAAAAUCACUUUCACAUUAGAUAAAUUGGUAAAGCUUCGUGCAAAAGUACGUUAGUAUUUUUUUUUAUUGGAUGAAAAUGGUAUGGUAACCCCGCCUGCGCUAACGGGAUACGCUGGCGGAGCACCAGUGAAGGGUGAUAGGUGAGAAUGAAAACAGGCCAGUUAGCCCAUCAUGAUGCAUUGAUUAGGAAUUAACCAUGAUAGUUUCCAGGGGGAACCGCGUUGGAGGUCGACCUGGUUGGGUAUAUUGCUAGCAAUGGGAUUCUCAGUCUCUAUUACUAACAAUCCCUUUUCCCCCCAAAA